GCACGGUGUUCGACGGCCGCCCCAUAGAGUCCCUGUCCCUGAUCGACGCGGUGAUGCCGGACGUGGUGCAGACGCGGCAGCAGGCCUUCCGGGAGAAGCUGGCCCAGCAGCAGGCGGCCGCGGCGGCUGCAGCCGCCGCUGCAGCAGCCGCAGCAGCAGCGGCCACGACGGCGGCCCCCGCGGCCGUUUCCCAGCAGAACCCACCAAAGAACGGCGAAGCCACGGUCAACGGAGAGGAGAACGGCGCGCACGCCAUCAAUAAUCAUUCGAAACCAAUGGAAAUCGACGGAGACGUGGAGAUCCCACCCAGCAAGGCCACCGUCCUUCGGGGCCACGAGUCAGAGGUGUUCAUUUGUGCCUGGAACCCUGUCAGUGACCUCUUGGCUUCAGGGUCCGGAGACUCAACUGCCAGGAUAUGGAACCUGAACGAGAACAGCAACGGCGGCUCCACGCAGCUGGUGCUGCGGCACUGUAUCCGGGAGGGGGGCCACGACGUCCCCAGUAACAAAGACGUCACCUCGCUGGACUGGAACAGCGACGGGACACUGUUGGCUACGGGUUCCUAUGAUGGUUUUGCAAGAAUAUGGACAGAGGAUGGUAACCUGGCCAGCACCUUAGGCCAACAUAAAGGCCCCAUCUUCGCCUUGAAGUGGAACAAGAAGGGGAAUUACAUUUUGAGUGCUGGAGUAGACAAAACAACAAUAAUCUGGGACGCUCACACGGGAGAAGCCAAACAACAGUUUCCGUUUCAUUCCGCCCCUGCUCUCGACGUGGACUGGCAGAACAACACUACCUUUGCGUCCUGCAGCACGGACAUGUGUAUUCACGUCUGCAGACUCGGCUGCGACCGCCCCGUCAAAACGUUCCAGGGACACACGAAUGAGGUCAACGCCAUCAAAUGGGAUCCCUCUGGCAUGUUGUUAGCCUCCUGUUCUGAUGACAUGACAUUGAAGAUCUGGAGUAUGAAGCAGGACACGUGUGUCCACGACCUUCAGGCGCACAGCAAAGAGAUAUACACCAUCAAGUGGAGUCCCACCGGUCCGGCCACCAGCAACCCCAACUCCAGCAUCAUGCUGGCAAGCGCCUCGUUCGAUUCUACCGUCCGACUUUGGGACGUGGAGCGGGGCGUGUGCAUCCACACGCUCACCAAGCACCAGGAACCCGUGUACAGUGUGGCCUUCAGCCCCGACGGGAAGUACUUGGCCAGCGGCUCCUUCGACAAGUGUGUGCACAUCUGGAACACUCAGAGCGGAAGUCUCGUCCACAGCUACAGAGGCACCGGGGGCAUCUUCGAGGUGUGCUGGAAUGCCCGGGGUGACAAAGUGGGCGCCAGUGCGUCAGACGGCUCCGUGUGCGUGUUAGAUCUGCGAAAAUAAACACACAGAGAAAAAAAUAUUAUAGACACGAGAAGAGAAUUCUAACGGACCAGCAGUGAACGUGUGGGGUUGUAGCACUAUUCAGACACAAUUCCGUCACCUUCGAAACGGCGCCAGCCUGACCUUAGGGAGUGUCCUUUGAGACCAAGUCAUCCCUAGCUACCGGAGUCUCUAUUUCUUUCUUUUUUUUUUUUUUUGGUAACCUUCACCGAGAAGUUUAAAACGGAAAACACACACACAAGUCCUAUCAAAGGGGUGGAAAAGGAAUGGUUUCCACCCGGAACGUCCAGCCCCGGGGGAGCGCGACGCCGCCAGCUUGACAUGGUGCACAAAUCGGUUUCCACCCAGAACAGGCUCCGAUGGUUGAGAGGAAAACAAAAAAAAAAAGGAAAGGCUGUGCCAAAACGAAAAGAAGAAAAAAACAAUGCUGUGAUAAACCAAAAGGGGAGGAAAAACUCCUCCCGUCAAUGGGUUUUUUGUUUCUUGGUUUUUUUCCCUAAAAAUUUGGGCACUACAGUUAAACUCUCACAAGGACGUUCGAAAGACCAGUUUGUAUGGAUGAAAUGGGUACCUUUGUAAUCCCAACAGUUUCUAUUUUCUAGAA